AUGAGUGUCACUGUCUUACCUAUGGCACUGGAAAUAACACGACUUUUUGGUGGUUUUUUCUUGGCUCCAUCUCGUUUAGCAAAAUAUUUUUCAUGGCUCGAUGCUCUAUCUUAUAUCAAAUAUGUUUAUGUGAGACUAAGUCUCAACGAAUUAGAAGGUCUUAAAUUAACAUGUACAGCUAGUGAGAUAGCAUUAGGUAAAUGUAUAACUGAUGGAGAAGUCACUAUUCGAGAUCUUGGUCUCGAUUAUAUUAGUAUUGGAGGUUGUAUUGGAGUAUUAUUUGCUUUUAUUAUUGGAUGCUGA